CAAUCAUUCGUCCAUCGAAAUAACAACAUUGUUUUGGCCUUAUCAAGGGACUAAACGGCAGCAGGAAAUUUUCGAAUAAAUCCAUGAAAAUGGAUAACCUCAAAGAACAAGUUAUGAUAAACCAUUUUGUAUCGGCCACAGGAGUACAUGCAGAACAAGCAAAACAGUUGUUAGCGGCUUCAAAUUGGCAAUUUCAGACUGCUCUUAGCAUGUUUCUUCAAGAAUCAUCAAUUCCAACGUGUAGAACAUGUCACGGCAAUCAUACAAACGCAAAUUACCCGUUAUGUGCACCAGCAAAUACUCCAGCUACACCCCCUAAUUUCCCUGAUGCAUUGUUAGCAUUAUCAAAACUCUCCACCACAGAAAAAUUUAGUUCCUCCCCUUACGCCACCUCACCACAGCAAGUAGCCAAUUCUCCCAAAGGCAUGGAAAUAGAGGCACAGCGAUAAAACUGACAAGCUCCAGGGCAAACGAGAGGAGCAUGGCAUUUGGGACAAGUUUGUUGUUUUUUGGAUUGGACCACUGUGUAAGCUGUAGAGAUUUGAAGAAGGAUGUGAAAAGUGCUUAGAUAUAUAUAUGUGUACACAGGGACAGAGAUAUGAAGACUCCUCCUGAAGUUUUACAUUACAUAUUGUCAACCUUGUUGUAUUUUCCCUAAUGUGUCAGUUUUUUUUUCUCUCCUUCUUUAAAUAAUGAAAUAGUUUGAAGAUUGUAAUAUUCUUUAAAGCUAACUGAUUUGUACUUGUAAAUGAAUUUGUGUGAACAUCUCAAGUUAUCAGAUAAACCAACAAAAUGCUAGGAUUGCUUGUAGACUUGUGUCAUUGAUAAGUAUCAAAUUUUGUUUGUUUCCAGCUUAUUUUUGAUCUCAGUAUUUAUUUGUGUUUUAUAAUCCAUGCAUGUACACAGUGAAUGUCAAGAAAUAAUACCAUAUUUGUUCCAGUAAUUGACAGUGUUCAUAACAUCAUUUUUAUCAACCUUGUUAUGUCAUAAAUAUAUUCAAAACAAUAGAUGGAUGUUUUAUAUGGUUUUUGAAUGGCAUUGCACCAUUGUAAAAGACCAUACUUUACAAUCAUUAUAAGCAAAAAGAAAAAAAUAACUGUAUAAUGUAUACAAAGUGCCUAUGGCAUUUACUGGGAUGAAUAUGGUAAAGUUUCAGUCGUUGUGAGUCGAAGUGAUGGUUUCUAAUUUGAAUAAUUUCCCACUUGUCAUCUGAAUCAAAAAAACAUUCUUUUGUAGUUGUGAAAAAUUCUGAUUUUUCUUCUGGAUGAUUAAUUAACACUGAUUGAAUUAUGCUUUUGGCAGGCAAUACUAGAAUGGCUUUCUUUAAUAAAAGUCUCCGUCCAGUUAAGCAAUAUGUAAUGACAAGAACAUCUGAUUGUAUUUCCUCAGAUUUGUGUUACUUUUAUCAAAGAAGGUCAAACUUUUUGUAGGUCAUUUUUCUGUAUUUAUGUACUGCCAAUUUUUUUUUGUAACAUUUUAUAGCUUUUCCCCUCCCCCUGCAAUUUUUAUGUUUACCCGAGUAUUUGUGCUAUUAAUACAGGUAUUUCUAGAUGAUCUAGACUUACCGAAGGUAAGAAUUAUGAGUAACUUCAUUACAUGACCUUGACCUUAGGUCACCUUGAUGAGGUUAUAAAUCAAUGUUCCUCAUUAUUAUCAUAUGUUUGUAUUAUGAAGGAAUAUUGUGUAUAAUUCGGGUAGGAUCUACCCUUUAUUCUUUUGAACUGUUAUUGACUAAACAUUUUCUGUACAUAGUUAUAUUUGAUGGAAUCAUGUUUCAUUAAUUUUUGUAUAGUUACAUGUACUAUGUAUGUAUGUCAUUAACUCCACAUGAGAUGAAAAUAAUGUUAAAAAAUUCAGUUUUUUUAAGUUCUGUAGUAUCCAUUGUUCAUUAAACUUACUCAGGAACUUAAAAAA